AUGGCUCUAGAACUCUCUAAUGCUCUCCAUCAAUAUUAUACUGCCAUCAACGACUUCAAGCACAUCCUUAACACAUACAAGCAACCGGACACGGCUCGCAGUCGCAACAUAGGUGUGCUCCUAGCCAAAACUUUUCACGAACCGCGUUACUGGGACUCACCAGACUCCUUGAAUCUGAUGGACCUCGCGCCGACCUCUGGCGACGGAGGAAGGGUCGAUUGGCUGAGAGCAAGACUCCAGAAAUUGCUUCCUGAGAAGUCUCUGGAUGCUUCUGGGAUAGAUCGGAGAGAACUGGACAGGAAACAGAGAUCUGGAAGUAUGACUGCGGGAUCUGCAAAAGUCCUACAACCGCAUCGACUCCAUACGCGCCACAUCUCGCCCUCAGUUGACCGCUUUGCGCGCAUAGUGAUGGCUGUCAUCGGCGGGGUCAUGCUCCUUGUCCCGAUGAUUGAUCUUAGCUUCGUGACUUCAAGAACGUGGUCCCUAAUUACCACUUCUCUCUUCGUCCUGUCUUUUGCUUUUGCUCUGGCGGUGUUCUCCAAUGCAUCUAACCAAGAGAUCUUGGCUGUGGCAGCAACAUAUACCGCGGUUCUUGUGGUAUUUAUUGUUAUACGAGCCCAAGAAUGCAAACACUGUCUUGAAUACCUUAGAGUCGCCGCCGUUGCCACAUUCGCCAACACGUGGACUCGUUGGUAUUGGGAAAAUAUGGAUUUCAAAUAUUCCCCUAAGUCGGAGUGUUUGGAGAACGAUGGCACGUCAGAUUCGGGCGGCAUUUCCUUCAGCCCAGAGCCCAUCUUGUAAAUGAACCGCAUUAUCGCUGAAUAGGUUGUUGAAAUAGAUGGGAAAGAGCAAACAAGUGCUGUCGUUAGACCAUACUUCGUAGUGAAUUCAGGGGUAUCACGUGAUAUAACAUGACUUUCAAGAUUCACGUAGGCCUCUUUUCCUUCCAGAGAAAUAAUUAGUCAGAGAAAUAAGUGGUAAUUUUAGUAAAGUCAGAAGAAUUCCCAAAUAGCUAGCAGGAGUGUCGUUACGAAUUGAGCGGUUUCA